AUGUCCUUGAGGAGCAACAGCAGCAGCAAUUAUAGUAAAGACGACGAUCGGAACAAGGACACGCCUUCUUCACCUUCUACGCUGGAUUCAAGAUUCAAUCAAACUCUCAAAAAUGUUCAAGGGUUGCUCAAAGGUCGAAGUUUUCCUGGUAAGGUAUUGAUAACACAAAGGUCAGAUCUUCAGGAUCAAUCAGCUCUGCAAUCACCAAAUAACGACAGAAGGUUCUCAAACGAUGAUACUGAACACAGGGACAAGUUUGAUAGAUCUGUUGAGGAUGAAAUCCAAAACAGAAGCAAGGCAAAUGCUAGUCCAUCUGCUAACAAGAUGAAAGCAUCAACGUCAAGUACUGAAAAUCCAUCCAAAGAGGUUCAGAAAACUGCAAUAGGAGCUAGAUCUACAGAUUCUGCACGGCUAAUAAAAUUCCAGAAAGAAUUAUCUGGAACUACCAUCAUCUUAGAAAAACUGCGUGAAUUAGCUUGGAGUGGGGUCCCACCGUAUUUGCGUCCUACUGUAUGGAGGCUUCUUUUGGGAUAUGCACCCUCUAAUUCAGAUAGAAGGGAGGGAGUUCUGAAAAGAAAGCGCCAGGAGUAUCUAGAUUGUGUUGCACAGUAUUAUGAUAUUCCUGACAUAGAGCGGACAGAUGAAGAGAUCAGCAUGCUCCGUCAGAUUACUGUCGAUUGUCCUAGAACUGUUCCCGAUGUCUCUUUCUUUCAACAAGCAGAAGUUCAAAAAUCGUUGGAACGAAUACUGUAUACAUGGGCAAUUCGGCAUCCUGCUAGUGGUUAUGUCCAAGGAAUAAAUGAUCUUGCUACACCUUUCUUAGUUGUUUUCUUAUCAGAAUACUUAAGUGGUAGUAUUGAUACUUGGUCUAUGGCUGAUCUUUCUCCUGAGAAAAUAUCUAAGGUAGAAGCUGACUGUUAUGGGUGUCUAUCAAAGCUGCUUGAUGGUAUGCAAGACCACUACACAUUUGCUCAGCCAGGAAUUCAGAGGCUUGUGUUUAAGCUAAAGGAGUUGGUCAGAAGGAUUGAUGAACCUGUUUUAACCCACAUGGAGGAACAAGGGCUUGAAUUUCUUCAAUUUGCUUUCCGCUGGUUCAAUUGCCUUCUUAUACGUGAGAUUCCUUUUCAUCUUAUAACCCGCUUGUGGGACACAUAUCUUGCGGAAGGAGAUGCGUUGCCGGAUUUCCUCGUGUACAUAUUUGCAAGCUUUCUUCUAACGUGGUCAGAGAAGCUCCAGGAGCUUGAAUUUCAGGAUAUGGUCAUGUUUCUUCAGCACCUUCCAACUCAGAACUGGAACGACAUGGAUCUUGAAAUGGUGCUGUCCCGAGCUUACAUGUGGCACACGAUGUUCAAUAAGUCUCCUAGCCACUUAGCUGGCUGA